AUCUAUAAAUGAGUUUGGCCACUCUAGUAGACCCAGGCCAUCUUCAUAUCUCCUCACCUCAAAGGCUCAAACCCACCUGAAACACGAUGAUACCUCCCAAAGGAACGAUCGUCUUCACCACCGUAGGAAGGCCAUACUACGGCUUCGAUGUUUUCUCCAUCCCUUUACCUUCUAAAGUCCCCUCAGUGACUCAAUGGAUAGAGCAUCGCCUCACCGACGGUACAUCUAUCAACUUUAAUGGUCAGUUUGUCGACGAAGACCAAACGCUCGUCUACGUCUCCGAGAGGACAGGCUCACCUCGAAUUUACCUGAAUCGCCGGGAAAACCCCAAACCAGAGCAACUACCCACCGUGUCUGAGAGCAUGUUUCACGACCGUCCGGUUCUACGAAACGACCGAUUGUACUAUGUGUCGGCUCACGAGCCUGCUAAUAAACCCUUUGCUAGCUGGUCUGCUGUUUAUAUGACCCAGCUCGGUGACCGUCUCCGGGAAACCUUCCGGUUAACUCCUAAAGGAGCAGUGGAUUAUAGUCCGGCUGUUUCACCGACGGGGAAAUUCAUCGCUGUAGCUUCUUACGGGUUCCGUCCUUGGAAGGGAGAGUUUCACGAUCUCGACACGGAUAUUAUCGUUUUCCCACUCUCCGAUCCUAAUCGACGCACGAUCGUCUGUAAUCGAGGCGGAUGGCCAACGUGGUUCGGCGAUUCAACUAUUUUUUUCCAUCGGAAAGCCGACGAUGGGUGGUGGAGCAUCUUCCGAGUAGAUCUCCCUGAAAAUUUCCAACAGUUGGAUGCCUAUGAAAAUCCUCGCCGGAUAACCCCACCAGGAGUCCACGCGUUUACUCCAUCAGCUUUCCGAGAUCGUAAUUGCGUUGCCUUUGCUACUCGACGGCGAGAAAGUAACUACCGGCACAUCGAAAUCCUUGAUUUGGAAUCGGAAUCGUUUUGCAGAGUUACAGAGUCUCUGAACCCAAAUUUCCACCAUUACAAUCCUUUUUUCUCUCCGGAAGGUGGUUUCCUGGGAUACCAUCGGUUUCGAGGUGAAUCAGCUCCGGGAGAGACGACGAUUCCGCAUCUGGAUCCGGUAACUUCUCCCAUAAAGGAACUUAGGAUGCUUCGGCUCAAUGGAUCGUUCCCUUCGUUCUCUCCUGACGGCGAUUUCAUCGCUUUCAACCACGACUUCGACGCUAAUUCUGGGUUGAAGAUAGUGAGAAGCGACGGCUCGAAGAGAUGGGUGGUUCUGAAGGAUAGAACCGCCUUCUAUACUUCGUGGGACCCAACAAAAGAUGAUGUUAUCUACACAUCUAUUGGACCUAUAUUCCAGUCAGCCGAAAGAACAGUCCAGAUUGCAAGGAUCAGUUUUGAUCCAAAAGAUCUUACGGAUGAUCGAGAAGAGAUUUCGGCCACGGUGAAGAUACUUACAAGAGAAGACACCGGCAACAAUGCCUUCCCAUCGUGUUCGCCGGACGGCAAGUUUGUGGUUUUCAGGUCGGGGAGAACCGGUCACAAGAACCUCUUUAUAGUCGACGCCGUAGAUGGGGAAUUUAACGGCGGGAUCCGUCAACUAACAGACGGGCCAUGGAUAGACACGAUGCCCAGCUGGUCUCCCGACGGAAAACUAAUAGCCUUCUCAUCGAACCGACAUAAUGCCGAUGACGUCACGACCUUCAGCAUAUACCUGAUCCGACCAGAUGGUUCAGACCUCCGGCGAGUCCACGUGGCAGGACCGGAGGGAUCGAGUGACGUGGACAGGGAGAGGAUCAACCACGUGUGCUUCAAUUCGGACUCGUCGUGGCUAUUAUUUACAGCCAAUAUGGGCGGUGUAACGGCGGAGCCAGUGUCGCUGCCGAACCAGUUUCAACCUUACGGGGAUAUGUAUAUCGUGAGGUUGGAUGGGAGUGACUUGCAGAGGGUGACAUGGAAUGGAUAUGAGAAUGGUACACCUACGUGGUACCCAUCAUCAUCAUCAACGGAGGAGAUUGAAUUGGGUUCCUUGACUUUGGGGAGUAACAAAGUGGUGGGUGAUAAGCUCAAGGGUCAAUUUGAGGAACCAUUAUGGAUAUCUUGCAAUAUUUGAACACAUACGUGGUCAAGAGAAUGCCUGGAUUUGUUUUAUGAUUUUUUUUUGGGGUAGAAAUUUGCUUUAUGAUCUUGUGUUUGGUUGAAACUCCUAUGAAUCCUAUGUGGCCUUUCGUAUUUCUAAUAUAUAUACAUAUAUAUAUUUUUUAGAUAUAAUAAAAUAAGUCUAUAUUCA